ACGUCCCUUCCUUUCCCUAGUGCCUACAAUCCAGCAGACUAUGACUAUCUGCCAGUAUCUACUGAAAUUAAAGAACUCUUUGAAUAUAUAAGGAGGUACACUCCCCAAAUAAUACAAAUUGAGCACAAACUGCAGCCUUUCCCCCUGCUUCUCCUCCUCUGGAGUUGCACAGAAAACAGGUUCUCUGUUUAUCUGCAGGUUCCACGUCCAGAUGGCAAACCUGAUAACCUUGGCCUGCUGGUCCUAGAUGAGCCAUCUACAAAGCAGUCAGAUCCCACAGUGCUCUCUCUUUGGUUAAAAGAAAAUUCCAAACAGCACAACAUCACACAGCAGAUAAAAGUGAAGAGUAUAGAGAACGCAGAAAAGAACCCCAAAGCCAUUGACAGCUGGAUCGAAAGUAUCAGUGAGCUGCAUCGUUGCAAACCCCCUGCCACGGUCCAUUACACCAGACCAAUGCCUGACAUUGAAACUCUCAUGCAGGAAUGGUUACCAGAAUUUGAAGAGCUCUUAGGAAAGGUGGGCCUCCCAACUGCAGAGAUAAACUGUGGCCUGGCUGAGUACAUCGACAUGAUAUGUGCCAUUCUGGACAUCCCUGUGUACAAGAGUCGGAUCCAGCCUCUGCACGUCCUCUUCUCGCUCUACUCGGAAUUCAAGAACUCACAGCAUUUCAAAUCCCUGGCUGAAGGGAAGAAGGCUGGGAGCCCUCCAUCCAACCCACCUUCCCAAGCAGCAGAAGUAUUAAGCUUUAUGUGAAGCUUCACAUUAAACCCUAAUCUCCUGGAUCAAUAUCUGCUGCUGGGUAUAGAGGUUUGACCAAACUAACGCAUAAGGCAAAGCACAGCGUUUCGAAAGACUCCCGUAUUUUAUGGACGCUGCUAAGCUGCUUGGGAUUCAUAGCAUUUGUUGCAGAUGCUGCCUAAUCCCUCCAUUUUGACUUGUUCCCAAGGAAUAUAGCAUUAAACUAGCUCUUCCAACUGACAGACUCCACAUGACACGCUGCAGAGUACAGACUUGUAGAGUGCACCCUACAAGCACUACAGCAGGUGGAAAUAAAAUCCAUGCUCAGACCCCAAACUGA